CAGCUCCCCUUACAGCUGUUGGUAAAAUUAGCCUCUGAAGUCAGAASGAGGGCUCCGGGAUGGACCCAGGCUCUUGUCACAGUCUUCACUUGGGAAGCUGCAGAAGAUGCAGUGAAGCGGUGCAUGCUGCAGGAGGAGCCUGUCAGGCCAUGGGACAUUUAUUCCACAACACCUGCUUCACCUGCAGCGUUUGCAACAAACAGCUCAGUGGAAAGCCAUUUUUCACAGCAUCAGAGCAAAUCUUUUGUGAGGAUGACUUUUUGUUUUCUGGAGUCUAUCCAUCUGUAGAGAUAUGUAACAGCUGCGGCGGCUCGAUCACAGACUUGGUCCUGCAGGCUCGUGGSAAAGCGUACCACCCGGCCUGUUUCUGCUGCGUCGUCUGCAGGCGGGGACUGGUGGAUCAGCCGUUUGCUGUGGACUCAAACAGCAGGAUUUACUGCGUCAGCGACUAUCACAGGGUCCAGGCUCUGUGGCGCCUGCAUGAGGCCCAUACUCCCAACAGAGGGAUCCACGGAGUCGAUUCGUGUGCAAAUGUCUAACAAGUGUUAUCAUGUAGAGUGUUAUAGUGGUGAGGUUCAUCUGAUUUGAAGAGUUUUCCCACUUUAUUGAAAAAUUUAAUGCAUUUUUUAAAUCCUGUUAUAGAGACACGAUGGCUUUACACUUUUACAUUAAUGCAACUUUUAUUUGGCAUUUUCUGUAGUUCACAGAGGAAACAGCAUAAAUUUUCCUUAAAAACAAUUUAUUCUUAAAGGAUUCACACAAAUUGAUCAUUAUUUCCACAUAUUAGAGUAAAAUAGAAAUAAAAAAUAAAAUGGGGACUUUUCAAGUGUAAGUUGAUUGUUUGAAAUUGUUUUUAAUAAGGGGCAGAUAUAAGAUUGUUUUCUUCUUUCUACAACCUGUUCAUUCAGUAACUGAUUUACAUUUUUAUAGAUUUUUUGUUGCUUUAUGAAUGAAAUAAAUGAAUAAAUAAAYAAAUAAGCCAAUUAAAAAUCAACUGCUGUUUAAAAUGUCUAAAACUGGUGCAUUUUAAGCCUCUUUUGAUAUGAGCCAUCUAAGAAAUACAGAUUUUCYUCCAUUUAUCUUUUUUGUUGUUUAAACCAGGCAAUCAGUUUUUGUAUUUUUCUAUUAAAAAGUGUCUUUUACCUCUAAGCGGUGUGACAAAUUGAUGUGUAAAUAAACAAUACUUCAAAAUCUUGA